CCCACCUCCCGCACAGACUAUUUGACAGUGCGCAGGCGCGGGCGCUGUCUCCUUCACUUCGCCCUUAAAGCCGGUGAGAGGUGUACAGGCCGAGCAAAGAGCCAGGUAGAAUGGCUGUACCUCCAUCAUAUGCAGACCUUGGCAAGGCAGCCAGAGAUAUUUUCAACAAAGGCUAUGGUUUUGGUUUGAUAAAGCUUGAAGUGAAAACCAAAUCACAAAGUGGAGUGGAAUUUACAACUUCGGGUUCAUCUAACACUGAAAGUGGGAAAGUAUCUGGAAGCUUGGAAACAAAGUAUAAAUGGUCUGAAUAUGGCCUCACAUUUACAGAGAAGUGGAACACUGACAACACUUUGGGCACAGAGAUCGCAAUUGAAGACCAGCUUGCCAAAGGUCUGAAGUUGACAUUUGACACCACCUUUUCACCUAACACUGGCAAGAAGAGUGGCAGAGUAAAGACUGCCUACAAGCGUGAAUAUAUCAACCUGGGCUGUGAUGUAGAUUUUGACUUUGCAGGCCCUGCCAUUCACGCAUCAGCUGUUGCUGGUUAUGAAGGAUGGCUUGCUGGUUAUCAAAUGUCCUUUGACACGGCCAAGUCAAAGCUGACCCAGAACAAUUUUGCAGUCGGCUACAAAACUGGUGAUUUCCAAUUGCACACUAAUGUUAAUGAUGGUGCUGAAUUUGGAGGUUCCAUUUACCAGAAGGUGAGCGAUAACCUGGAUACUGCUGUAAAUCUUGCCUGGACUGCAGGUAACAAUAGUACUCGCUUUGGCAUUGCUGCAAAAUACCAGCUUGACUCUACUGCUUCCAUUUCUGCAAAAGUCAAUAACUCCAGCCUAAUUGGAAUAGGUUACAGCCAAAUUCUUAGGCCAGGUAUAAAACUCACUCUGUGUACCCUAAUUGAUGGAAAGAGCAUCAAUUCUGGCGGUCACAAACUUGGCCUGGGUCUUGAAUUGGAAGCUUAAGAUGUGCACCUUUUUAUCUUCAACAACAAAGGGAUUUCGGAAGAGAGCAGCAUUUGGCCAUUACAUUUAAUUCCAACUUGACCAGUGGGCUUUUCUGGAAAGGAAGUUUCAAAUCAACCACGUACCUGUAUUUUUAGUACUUUAAAACUGUAAUUGUUUUUUUGAGUGCAAUUGGUUAUCUAGGUGAUACAGAAGUCAUAUGUCACUCAUUUAUACAUAAAUUAAAAAUGUAUUUAACUGUUAUUACAGCAGUCCUAAUAAUGGGAUAGGCCUUUACAAAACUCGAGCCGUGACUGCAUGUUUCCCGGUUUAAUGUCUAUUUUGAGACGUUGUGCUGUGUCAGUUCGCCAAAAGUUUGGAUAAAUUGAAAUUAUCCAAGUUGCAAUUAAAUUUUAUGGAAUCUGUGUAUAGCAAAAAAAAACUCAACUAUUUUCGUUAUCCCAAACCCAUAAACUUAAUGCUGAAUAAAAAUCUCAAUUACAGUGUGUUGUUUUAUCCCUUUCCUCUUUGUGACAUGUUGAAUUUGAUACCAUCAUGCAUGCUUCUCCUAGAAAGGAGCAAUGGUUAGCUGGUGAACUUCAUGGUGGCUGUAAAAGAUGGCCAGCAUUUGUGGACUUAGGUUUUUUUUCCCUUUUUUGCUUUUGCUUACCUGAGUGCAUGUCACACUUACACACAGACUGCCUUGCAUCUCUAUUGUGUCUAGGGGACUGGUGUAAGAUUAUAUUGUCUGAAUAGAAUGGACACUACAAAUGCAGCAAUAUCUUGCUUUUAUGUAGAAAAGCAUUUCCAGAUGCUUCAGGAUUUAUCAGGAAUUGAGGCAUGUUAAGAAAUAACUAGGAAUCUGGGAGAGGUUUUUAAAAGACUUGAUAACUCUGGACUGAAAGUUCGGUGUGUAUGGCUGACUAUUGAAGACUGUUUCACCAAUAGUGUGGGAGAGGUACACUUAGGAGAAAGUGAGGACUGCAGAUGCUGGAGGUCAGAGCUGAAAAAUGUAUUGCUGCGCUCUUCCAGCAACACAUUUUUCAGAGGUACACUUAGGCCAGGGUCAGAAAACUGAAGUGAUAAAUGUGCAGAUAACCUUUUUUUAACAUGCAUCAUUUGUGUCUUCUAAUCUGCACUGGCUUUAAGUUUAAGAGGAGAAACUGGUCAAAUUAGUUUUAGCAUUCUGGUGUCAGAUAUCUUUCUUGGUGUGUUAAUUGGGUGCAUAGAACAUUACAGCACAGUACAGGCCCUUCGGCCCUCUAUGUUGCACCGCCCUGUCGUACUAAUCUGUCAUACCAUCCCUCCUCCACUAUUCCAUGUAUGUGCAAACUUUAAUGAAGCUUUAACUGAAUUUUAUCACUUCACUAUGUUGAGGAAAUUGGAUUGUCUUUGCUUAAUUGCAUAAUUUAAAAUUAUGUCCAGGCAUUGAGUCUUAUGAUAACUCAUUAUGACUGUUAUAGUUAGGUGGAUGAGUUUUACAAAGUCACGUUUUUAAAAAAAUUGUUGGGUUCAAGGUUCUAGAUCAGUGGGAUAAGGUUCUAUCACAAUGAUUAGUGGUUAAGCGGAGUUGUCAUGAAAUAGAAAAGAUAUGGCAAUAUCAAAUGAAAGCUAUUACUUGCCUGGUAUUGAUUUUACUUUAAUCCUAAUUUGACAUUUUGUUCCAUUUAUGAUCCCAUCAUUUAAGGGAGGUGGUAACUUUAUUUUGAAAUAGGCAGUAGGUAAUAGACAUUGAGUUCAGGUGCUCAAUUUUACAACCGCUGUAAUGCACUAAUUAUUUGACUCUUUGAGGUUGUAGUGUAGCUACAUCCUCUACCUUAAAUAACUUAGCAAUGCUAAUAGAUUGGUGAAUGUUUUCAGAGCUGAAAAAUCAGUUAUUUAGAAUUUGUAGUUUUAAAAUUUGUUGAAUAGGGUGCCUUGCUAGUGUGAUGUAUUGUUCAGUGACAAACCAAUCAAAACCGUGACAUGUUUUAUUAUCUGUCAUGUGAUACAGAAAGUUUUGUUCUUGGGUUAAUUUUAAAAGUCGUACAAUUCACCUGCUCCUUCAACUUCAUUUCUCCACUUUCAUACAUGUCAGCAGUGAUUCCAAUCCUAACAUUUUGGUAGAUAAAAGUAGUCCUCCUUAUAUCACUUUUCUCUUUUUAAAUGUGUUCCUUACUUCCUUUUUUGUCUAUCCCAUCUCAUCUUGGAUUCCAAGCAGGUGGGUAAAAUGGAUUCAUCCCCUUGUGUGAAGCAACUAGACAGCCAGGGGUUAUUUAAAAAAAAAUUCCAGGCUAUUUAAAUUUUGUAAAUUUACAUUUUGGUAUUCUGAAGAUCUAAUUUGGCUGCAUUUUGGUAGUCUUUAAUGCUAGACAGAAACUUCAAAAGAAUUGUGCUUGCAUUGAUUCACCUGCAGCAGUAAAUGCAAAUCUUAUCAGCAUCAAAAUUUUGACUCCAGAUAAAUGGCCUUUAAAAUCAAAUUUAAUUGUUCCAUCUCAAUCUCGGAAUUGAAAUUGAAUAAUAAAACCAGCAAGGAUAAUUUUUAAAUUUAGUUUAAACUGUUACUUGCACAUGUUGAUUGUGGUGUUAUAUUUUAGUGGAAAUAUAUUUAAAUCCCCACAAUGGUUAUGAAUGUGGAAUUGGGAUGAUGGUGCAAGAUAGCAAUUAUUUCAUAUCAAGAUGUGAUUGAGUAUUUUGAAAACUGUUUUAAUCAUUUUUUAAUCAUUUUGAUGCAAUGUGUGACAGCAAGGGAGAGCAAUACUGAGGAAGAGCCUAAAACCUGUCUUUUCAUUUCAGCAUGGACUAUUUUAAUGUUAGAUACUUCUAAUUAUGUGACUGCCUUGUGCUUCCAGAAUAUUUCUUGUUUUUAGAUGUUUAACCCCCUUUAUGAAUUACCUGACCUUCCUAGUACUAAAGGGACUCCUAUUGAGAGAUCUCAAAGCUAUAAACUUUAUUCUCUCACUUAGAAGUACUCUUAAAUGAUGAAGUAAGUCUAGCCCUAGACUUAGAUGGGAGUUAUUGAUGUGAAGUGCCAUUUUAAAAAUUGAAGCUCUUGGAUCACUGUGCCCCACAGGAGCAACCUAGCAAAGCAUCACUGGGUGGUGUGAUAUCUGCAGGAAUCCACAGACUUGUUUGAUUUGAACUUUUCAGCUGAAAUGGAUGAAUGUAAUAAGCCUGAAGUAUGCAUAUAAUGCUAUGUGCUUAAUGUGCAAAAUAACAUGGUUUUGGAUUUCUGUGGAACAAACAUGCCAAUAAAGUUAUGAAAUCUA